AGUCCGGGCUGCCGUGGCACCUACCCAGCGGCGGGAGCCAGCGCUCAGGCUCCCGGCCAUGAGACGGCGGUCACCGGCGCUGCGGCGGCUGCUGGCGCUGCUGCUGGCGCUGCUGCUGUUGCCACCGCCACUGCCGCAGGCGCUGCUCGGGGCGCCCUGCCCGGAGCCCUGCAGCUGCCGGCCCGACGGCGCCCUGCGCUGCCCCGGCCCACGGGCCGGCCUCAGCCGACUAUCACUCACCUAUCUCCCUAUCAAAGUAAUCCCAUCUCAAGCUUUCAGAGGACUUAAUGAGGUCGUAAAAAUUGAAAUCUCUCAGAGUGAUUCCCUGGAAAAGAUAGAAGCUAAUGCCUUUGACAACCUCCUCAAUUUGUCUGAAAUACUGAUCCAGAAUACCAAAAACCUGGUGUAUAUUGAGCCUGGAGCAUUUACAAAUCUACCUCGGUUAAAAUACCUGAGCAUCUGCAAUACAGGCAUCCGAAAGCUUCCAGAUGUUACGAAGAUCUUCUCCUCUGAAUUUAAUUUCAUUCUGGAAAUUUGUGAUAACUUACACAUAACCACCGUACCAGCAAAUGCUUUCCAAGGGAUGAAUAACGAAUCCAUAACACUCAAACUAUAUGGAAAUGGAUUUGAAGAAAUACAAAGUCAUGCCUUCAAUGGGACAACGCUGAUUUCCCUGGAGCUGAAGGAGAAUGCACACCUGAAGAAGAUGCACAAUGACGCCUUCCGAGGGGCCAGAGGGCCCAGCAUCUUGGAUAUUUCUUCCACUAAACUACAGGCCCUGCCUAGUUAUGGGCUGGAGUCAAUUCAGACGCUAAUUGCUACAUCAUCCUAUUCUCUGAAAAAACUGCCAUCAAGAGAAAAAUUUACCAGUCUCCUAGAUGCCACAUUGACUUACCCCAGCCACUGCUGUGCUUUUAGAAACCUGCCAAAAAAAGAGCAGAAUUUUUCAUUUUCCAUUUUUAAAAACUUUUCCAAACAAUGUGAAAGCACAGCAAGGAGACCAAAUAAUGAAACACUUUAUUCUGCCAUCUUUGCUGAGAGUGAACUGAGUGACUGGGAUUAUGACUAUGGUUUCUGCUCACCCAAGACACUCCAAUGUGCUCCUGAACCAGAUGCUUUUAACCCCUGUGAAGAUAUUAUGGGCUAUGACUUCCUUAGAGUUCUGAUUUGGCUGAUUAAUAUUCUAGCCAUUAUGGGAAACAUGACUGUCCUCUUUGUUCUCCUGACCAGUCAUUAUAAACUGACAGUGCCUCGUUUCCUCAUGUGCAAUCUCUCCUUUGCAGACUUCUGCAUGGGGCUCUACCUGCUACUCAUUGCCUCAGUUGAUGCCCAAACCAAAGGCCAGUAUUAUAACCACGCCAUAGACUGGCAGACAGGGAACGGGUGUAGUGUUGCUGGCUUUUUCACUGUAUUUGCAAGUGAACUUUCUGUCUACACCCUCACAGUCAUCACACUAGAAAGAUGGCAUACCAUCACCUAUGCUAUUCAGCUGGACCAAAAGCUACGCUUAAGACAUGCCAUUCCAAUUAUGCUUGGAGGGUGGCUCUUUUCUACACUAAUUGCCAUGUUGCCUCUUGUGGGUGUCAGCAGUUACAUGAAGGUCAGCAUUUGCCUCCCCAUGGAUGUGGAAACCACUCUCUCACAGGUCUACAUAUUAACCAUCCUGAUCCUCAAUGUGGUGGCCUUCAUCAUCAUUUGUGCUUGCUACAUUAAAAUUUAUUUUGCAGUUCAAAAUCCAGAGCUGAUGGCUACCAACAAAGACACAAAGAUUGCUAAGAAAAUGGCAGUCCUCAUCUUCACUGAUUUCACCUGCAUGGCUCCGAUCUCUUUCUUUGCCAUCUCAGCUGCCUUAAAAGUGCCCCUUAUUACAGUAACGAACUCUAAGGUUUUACUGGUUCUUUUUUAUCCUGUCAAUUCUUGUGCCAAUCCGUUUCUAUACGCAAUUUUCACAAAGGCAUUCCGAAGGGAUUUCUUUCUGUUGCUGAGCAAAUCUGGCUGCUGUAAACAUCAAGCCGAACUUUAUAGAAGGAAGGAUUUUUCAGCUUACUGCAAAAAUGGCUUCACUGGAUCAAAUAAGUCUUCCCGGUCCACACUGAAGUUGACCACAUUACAAUGUCAAUAUUCCACUGUCAUGGACAAGACUUGCUAUAAAGACUGUUAACUGUUGUAUGAGCAACCACAUAAUUUAAUUGUAUUUAAAUUGUGUAAGAAAAAAAAACUUGUUUUUAUCAAUAAUUUUAACAAAGGAUUGAUUUCAGGAAAUUAUGCACACUGGCCAAAGAGAAACGUCUACCUAGCCCAAAGUGUGGUCCAUGACCAAUGCCAGUCCAAAAACAGCCUGUCACUGACGCUUAACAAUACAGAAGUUGAGAGUGUUUAGAAACUUUUAUAGCAAUUUUCACAGAGUAAUUUGAUGUGUGUUGAAUCUAAUAUUUAAAAAAUGAAGUGGUAUUUUCCAUGUUUGAUUUUUUUCUCAUUUCAUCCUUACUGUAAUUUUUAUUACAUUUUACAAGAAGAUUAGUCCUAACAGAUUUGAAAUUUAAAGUAACUGGUCCUUUUCCUCAGAGAGUUUGAGAAAUACAUUCUAGAGAUGCACUGUCCAAUCUGGUACCCACUAGCCAUAUGUAGCUAAAUUUAAAUUAUGCUAAAUUAAAAAUGUAGUUUCUCAGUUGCACUAACUACAUUUCAAACAUUCAACAGCCACACAUGACCACUGUCUGCCAUAUUGGACAGCACAUAUACAGAACAUUUUCAUCAUCUAGAAAGUUCUACCAAAUAGUGCUGCCCUAAAGACUUUUAUCUAUCCCUUGUCUAGGUUCUACUAUUUAAAAUUUAAUAUAAAGUAAGCAUCUAAAGGCACAUUUCAGCCUACUGAUUCGGUGUUUAGUCUCUAAAAAGCAAUGAAGUCCCCUAAAUAGUAGGCUGUAAACUCCUUGUAGGUAGGAACCCUGGCUUAAUUUUGUUUCCCUGUCUCCUAGCUCAGGAUCUUGGCAAUAGUAUGUAACAAAUGUACUGAAUUACACUGAAGAUAUGACAUCUGCUAGGAAGAAAGUGGGGUCUUUUCCUUUCUAGGGCUCCAUCUUUUAUGUGAGUAAAAGAAAAUACUUAA